AUGCUCUCAGCUCCAGCACCGUAUCCAACUGUAUCUACCGAAAAUCCGGCGCCAGAUGACACACAGAUUGAGAGCAUCACCCCUAAGGUCUGUGUGGACUAUCUGAGCCAUGACUGGAAGGAUGAAGACGUAUGGAAUAGCUGGAAGGCCAUGACCAAGCGCAAAAACGAAAUCGCAAACGGUGUGCGUCUCGAAAAUGCAAGCUGGCGGACAUGGGCCAAACAUCGUGGUAAGCUGAAGACCGUGAGCCCUCAAACACUCAACUGGCUGAAGGAAAGCGAUGUGACAUGGCUCUAUGGACCUCUGCAUGGCGAGGCCCAAGCCACACCACCCCCCAAAGUUGCAUCUACGGCUGAGAGACUUGGUAUUGAUGUCUCUUCUUCGGAAAGAAAGCCUAUCCUGAAGCAUCGAACGCUCACCGAUAUUCUCCAAACGCCACUCAAUGCAUCGCACCCUAAAGCCUCGAAUCAGGCAUCAGCACAGACCAAGUUUCAGCCAUCUUUACCGGGUGCAUCUACAAAGGGGCAGCACCCGCGCAAAAAGGCCCUCAAGAUGGGUAGCCUGGGGCAUGAUCAUACGCUCCCUUCAACCCGGAGAAAACGUCACAUCAGCUUCAAUACCCUCGUAUCACAAUGCAUCGCUCUAGACGACGAGUCCAUCGGAGUAUCGUACCCUGAAAGCGAGAGCUCUGAUUCUGAAGAUGAGUAUGAGGAUCAGACGCAGCAGCACCGCUACUCAGGUCAGAACAUGCCGUUAACCAAGCGGUCUGAUCGGCAUAUCACCAUCGCCAUGAUGCCACCGACCUACCUAAAGAUGGGCCAUGAAUGCAUGACUUCUACUGACUCAGAAGUAUCUGAUGAAGAUGAUGACAUGUACGGCCGGCACACCAGCGAGUUGGAUGCUCGCUACUCUGUCAUUGACCCCAUCCCUGGCUCGCAUGAACUUGAUAUUGAUCAGGACGAUGGGUAUGAAUACUACGACUACGACGUUGACGACAAUGAAGACGACAACCCCACGUUUUUAGCCUUGCUCGGAAGCUCUGGCCAACAAGACACGGCACAAAUUUCCACAGCUCCUUCGACCACAAGAGCUCGUGGCGAUCCCCAUGAUCCACCCCAUCCAAGUUCCAGCAUGAUACCCUCCAUCGACAGCUCUGACCCUGCAAAACCACUUACGAUGAAACUUGAUGAUCAAUUACCACAUCUUACACUCAACGAUACCAAUGGUCCUAUUCCACAUACCGAUAAUGAGGACGCCAUUCGUCCGCCCCCUAUUUUCGUUGGACCUACGCCACUAAAUUCUCCCAUCAGCCCCUCAACGUUUCACGGCAGUGGUCAUGGAGCAAUACAGCGCAACAGUCAGGGUCAUCGAAACACUGGUGCUGUUGUCGCACCCUCCUCCUACUUCCCUCCUGUGCCACUUUCUGAGGACUACGUCGAAGAGCAUGAGGGAGGUCUUAUUGCGAGUGCUGUCGAAAUCAUUAACACGGCCCGCGACUUAUUUGGUGUCAUUAUAGGCUCGCCCGGGCGCAUGGGUCGCUCGUGGUAUGAAUCACACUAA